AUCAUGGAGCCUUCACUUUAGUUCUGAACUAACCGGAGCACCGUAGGAACUCUCUUCAUAAUGUUCUUUAAAGCCAUAGGAUUGGUUUUGCUGCUGACUGGCCAAGCCUGGGGUCAGUCCAUCAGCUUUCCUGUAUACACCGUGGGAAGCAUAGUGUCGGCCCUAACAGGAGGCGGUGGUGGCGGUUUCGGUGGUGGCGCUUUCGGUGGUGGAGGAGGAGGUGGAGGAGGUGGCUCACGUCCUGGUUCCUCAAGCAACAGCAAUGCUCAAGCGGAGUACCAAGCUUACCUGAAUCAGUAUUACAGCAGCCAAUGGCAGCAGUACUACGAAGCUCAGGCGGCUUACAACGCGUAUUUGUAUAGCCUUUACUUAGCCAGCCUUAACAACAAUCAAGUGACUUCGACCACUGCCGCUCCCAUCACUACGUUGCCCACGCCUGCGACCUCCACGGCCAUUCCUACCUCUACGGGAACCCCAACCACAUCGACCGCCAUUCCUACUUCUACGGGAGCUCCAACGACAUCGACCGCCCUUCCUACAUCUACUGCUGCUCCAUCCACCUCCACAGCAGUGGGUACUCCUCCAGGAUCCGAUACCACCUCGACCGCCGUGUCCACCCAACCCACACCACCGGGACCUCUAUCCACUUCCACUGCUGUGCCACCCCCAGACACGGACACCACUUCAACGGCGGUGCAGACUAGGCGGAUUCAAACCACUCCUCUGCCCUUCCGCUAUGUGCACAGCCCUCUGGUCAAUCCCUACGAUCUGCACCACAUCAGUUCCAAUCCGAUCUACGUCCGUGGCUCCGCAGUGGCAUCAUCUGAGGCGCAGUCUGAGCCUAUAUAUAUUCCAUAUCCCAACAUUUACCGCAGGGCUCCUCCAUCUCCUUACUUCGACUACGAGGGAAAGAAAUAG